UUCUUAAUGCGUCACAGAAAAAAACGAUGAAUGUUGAACUUUUCAGCAAGGAUCAGAGGGAUGCCGAAUCGACAGGCAGCGAGGACGUGAUGACGCAAUGCAGCGUGCGCGCGGCCGGUGGAGAGCGCGCCAAACCUGGAAGUGCGCGGCAUCUUUGCGUCGUUUUCUUCCGAUAAGAUAAGAACUCUUCGUAACUAGCGAUGGUUUCAGAAGCGAAGGCUAUCCGCAAAUUCGUCUCACGUGAGCUGCAGAGGUGCUCGGACCUCAGUGCUUUGACACUUGGCAUACUACGGAAGAAGUAUCUGGAGCAUGUGGGCAGGGAGUCGCUCAGUGCAGAACACAGGGAGCUGCUCAAGGUGAUCGUAGAAGAGGAACUCUUAAACAUGCAGGACAACAGCAGUGAUGACGAACCUUUGAUAAAGAUUGCGGCUCCGCUACAGAACCAGAAUAAACGCAAAAGGCAAGACGAAGAUGAUCACGAAGAGACACAGGACGAAGAUGUGUCUAGAAAGAAGAAAUCACGGUUUGCAUCAUCGCCUCCAGAUUCCCCAGACUCUGGAAUAGAGAAAGUAGCAAAUGAGGAACAGUUUAAAGAAGAAGAUGAUGAGGAGGGAAGUGGUAAGGACAUGGAAGAAGAAAGUGAAAAAGAACAAGCAAAGGUUCGAAGGAAGAAGACAAAAGAAAAAUCCAAUGUGCAAAGAAAUAGGAAGGGGGAAAUAAGCACAGAAAGUGAUGAAGAGGAGGAGGAGGAGAUGAGAAAAAAUAAGGUGAAAAAGAAGAAAGGGAAAGUUUUAGAUAGUGAGGAAGAUGAUGACAUCAGCUCCAGCAGUUCAGAAGAAGACAAGGAAAAUCAGCAAGCAAAACCAAGCAAGAGCUCUGACAGCGAGGACGAGGUGAGUGAUGAAGCAAAAGAAAAUCAGAAAAAAGCAAAAGCUAGAGACGGAAGGAAAAAAAAGAAUCUAAGUUCAGACAGCUUGGAGAAGGUAAGUGAAGAAGAAAUUAAAAGCAAAAGUGACAAAAAGGUUGCUGGAAAAAAGAGCAAAGCAGCGACUCAGAAGAAGAAAAAAAAAGAGGAUAAAGAAUCAAAGUCACCGGAGAGUGAGGCUGUAAGAAAAGUGCAGAAGGAAGUCUUUGGGAGUAGCUCUGACAGUGAAGAAGACGAGACAGAGAAAACGGAAAGGAAAGGAACGAGUGAGAGCAGUGAUGAUGAGAGUGACGAAGAACUGAGCAAAAAGAAACCUGUUAAUAAAAUGUCCUCUAAUGCAGAAGUGAAAGGAACAGCAAAGGAUAAGAACAGGAAAGAGGAAAAUGAUUUAGACUCCUCUUCCUCCCUGCCCUCUCUGGAGGAAGACGAAGGAGCACUGGUGAGGAAACCGAAACAGGAUGACGAGAAGAAAAAAAAGAGUAUGUCGAAGAAAAAGAGUACAGAAAAGAGCGACAGCAAGUCCAAAGGAGCAAAGGAGGAGGAGAAUAAAGCCGUGUCUAGACUUAAGCGCUACAUCACUCUCUGUGGUGUGUGGCGUAACUAUAAGAAGCUGUUCGAGGGCUGUCGCUCUGUGAAGGCCAAGGUGGCUGUGCUGAAGAAAGAACUUGAAGAUCUUGGGGUGGAAGGUCAGCCAUCCAUAGAAAAGUGUAAGAAGGCUAGAAUGAAGAGAGAAGAAGCAAAGGAGCUGGCAGAACUGGAUGUCAGCAACAUAAUCACCACUCAGGGUCGUCCUAAACGGCGAGCUGCAUCACCAUGGACGAGUCUUCAGAGCAGCUCACCUCCUCCGACAGCCUACAGACGUGUGGUUAACUCUGAUUCAGACAGUGAGGAUGACAAUACAGAGAGGCCCCGCAAGAAAACAACAAACUGGAGCAACCUGCAGGGGAUCAUCAGCGAUGAUGCAGACAGCGACUAGCCAGUUUCCUCUAUAUAUAGACUGUACAAGCUCAUCCGUCCGUUCUGUGUUUGUUUUGCUAUGGCGAAUAUUUAACUGUGUACUACUUUUAUAUAUUAAUGUCCCUUUAUGCAAGUUAUUGAAGUAAUAAAGAAUUUAUUUGUACUUGU